CUUUUGAUUCCUAACAUUUUGAUUGCGGAUUUAUUUUUUUGUGUAAAACUUUUGGCACAAAAUUCACUCCAUAGAUCAGAGUCUAGACUGAAGAACUGUAGAUCACCAGUAUGGGGUAAACAUGACUGCAAUGAAACCCACAAUUCUGGAGUCAUCUGUUCAGGAGCCAGGCUGGUUUUAGGUUCUCGCUGCUCUGAGAGAGUGGAGGUUCUUCAUGGAGAGAGCUGGGUCACAGUGUGUGAUGCUGACUUUGACCAGCAGGGUGCAGAGGUUGUGUGUCGAGAGCUGGGCUGUGGUUCUCCUGUGAAGGUUCUGGGAGCAGCUGCGUUUGGUAGAGGGGAGGGUCAGGUGUGGUCAGAGGUGCUUCAGUGUAGAGGAAACAAAUCUCAGACUCACUUCUGUCCAAAAUCAUCUUCACUCGAACACAACUGCUCCCAUGAUAAUGAUGUGGGACUGGUGUGUGCAGGAGUCCUGCUGGUUAAUGGCUCUCGCUGCUCUGGAAGAGUGGAGGUUCUUCAUGGUGAGAGCUGGUUCACAGUGUGUGAUGCUGACUUUAACCAGCAGGAUGCAGAGGUUGUGUGUCGGGAGCUGGGCUGUGGUUCUCCUGUGGAGAUUCUGGGAGCAGCUGCUUUUGUUAGAGGGGAGGGUCCGGUGUGGUCAGAGGAGCUUCAGUGUAGAGGAAACGAAUCACAGAUUCACUUCUGUCCAAAAUCAUCUUCACUCAAACACAACUGCUCCCAUGAUAAUGAUGUGGGACUGGUGUGUGCAGACAGUGUGAGGUUGGCGGAUGGUGGCAGUCGCUGUGCUGGAAGAGCAGAGGUUUUUCACAGAGGACAGUGGGGAACAAUUUGUGGUGCUGGUGCAAAUUUCAUAGCGGGUUUUGUCAUGUGUAAAGAGUUGGGCUGUGGAGAGCCGUUUAGGACUGAUGCAGCUGUUCCAGGAUCUGCACCGAUCUGGAUGAGUCAUGUGAAGUGUACUGGAUCAGAGUCUACACUGAAACACUGUGGAUCAUUAGGGUGGGGUGAACACAGCUGUAAUCAUAAUAUGGAUAUUGAGCUUACCUGUUCAGAUCACAGGACAUCCAGACUUGCUGAUGGUCCUCAUGUUUGCUCUGGGAGAGUGGAGGUUUUUCAUGGAGCGUCUUGGUUCACAGUGUGUGAUGCUGACUUUGACCAGCAGGAUGCAGAGGUUGUGUGUCGAGAGCUGGGCUGUGGUUCUCCUGUGGAGGUUCUGGGAGCAGCUGCUUUUGGUAAAGGGAAGGGUCAGGUGUGGUCAGAGGAGCUUCAGUGUAGAGGAGAUGAAUCUGAGAUUACUCUCUGUCCAAUAACCUCUUCACACAAAUACAACUGCUCUCAUGGUAAUGAUGUGGGACUUGUAUGUUCUGGUACAGUAUAAUAUGUGAUAUUAUCGUCUAACAUUUCUUUAUAUAAUAUACAGUAUAGGAGAGAACUUGCUCUUUUACGAGUCUCUUGGUUGUAAAUUCAGGUCAUAC